AUGGAGACUUCGCUGCGAUAUGGAGGAGAUUCCAAAGCUCUAAAAAUCCACGCCAAGGAAAAGCUUCGUAUCGACACCAACACCUUCUUUCAGGUUCGCGGAGAGCUUGACACAAAAUCUGGACAACCGAGUUCCGGGAGGGCACUCAUUAGACAUUUUUAUCCAAAUUUUUCAGCGACGCUUGGCGUUGGAGUGAGGUAUGAUAAACAAGAUUCUGUAGGAGUGAGGUAUGCUAAGAAUGAUAAGUUACGAUAUACUGUUUGUGCUAAGAAGACGUUUCCGGUGACGAAUGAUGGUCUUGUUAACUUCAAAAUUAAGGGAGGAUGUGAUGUUGAUCAAGAUUUUAAGGAGUGGAAAUCUAGAGGAGGGGCUGAGUUUUCGUGGAGCGUAUUCAAUUUUCAGAAGGAACAAGAUGUUAGACUCAGAAUUGGUUAUGAAGCUUUUGAACAGGUUCCUUAUCUGCAGAUCAGGGAGAAUAAUUGGACAUUUAAUGCAGAUUACAAAGGUAGAUGGAAUGUGAGAUAUGACUUGUGA